AUGAACCAUCUUCAAUUCCACGCCGAAUCUUCGCCUGGUCAAUUUGAAUUGAUUUUCCCACCAUUGGCACCCCUAGCAGCCGUGGAUUUCCUCCUCGCUAUUCGCCAAGUCAUCUCUAUAGUCGCAGAUAGACACGGUUUGCGCGCGACACUCUACCCACGUCUCUUCCCUGAUGGAACUGGCACUGCUUCCCAUACACAUAUCUCCAUCAACCCCCCGACAAAAGAAGAAACCUUCCUUGCCGGCAUGCUCAACCAUUUCCUCGGUUGA